CAACAAAUGAAAUAAGGUUAUGUUGAUUUGUUUUGCUAUGAACACGAUAGUAAAUUUUGAUUACAGUAUUUUUCUAUUAAGAGAUGAAGGAUGUGAAAGUUUUACUGAAAGAAUGCAGGGAAGCCAUCAAAAACAAGGAUUAUGACUUGUCCUUCAAACUAUCCAAAUUGAUUCUAAAAGAGGACAGAGACAAUUACAUGGGCUUAAUAUUUUUAGGGCUUUCUUUACAAGAAGUAGGGCCUAGUGAACAAGCUGUAAAGGCUUUCCGAAAAGCAAUCCAGCAUGAUGAAAGUAACCCACUUGCUUGGAAUGGAGUCAUUAACUAUUAUGAAAAAUUUGAUGAUGAUGAGUCUAAAAAGCAUUUGGUGCAAUCUUACAUAGGUAUUUUGAAUGCAGAAUCAAAUACCAAGAAAGUUCUUGAAUAUUGUGAGAAGCUUAAGAAUACCCAGAAUCAUGGAGAUGCACUGGAAAUCAUCAAAGUGCUUUAUAAGUGUGCCUGCAAAUUUGAGGAAAAUUAUAGAAUUUAUGAGAAUUUGAUUGAAGUAUACACAAAUCUGCAAAAAACUUCAAAUGAAGUAUCUGAUGAAGUACUUCUAAUAGUUGAAACAUGUUUUAAAGAACUGAUGUCCUCUCCAAAUAAUUUAGAUAUUCAUAUAUGUUCAUCAUAUUUGAAUUUUCUCUAUAAACAAAAAAAAUAUACAGAUGUAAUGAAACAGGCUGAAUUUAUCAAUAAUAGAUUCAAUUCUAGCACGAUUUUUAUUAUCUGGAUUUGUAAGAUUUAUAAUCAGAUCCAUUUGGAAGACCCCAAUUUGGCAGAGCAGUACUCCACAUUAGUUGAAAAGUAUAGUGCCCAUCUCCUUGAAAAGGAUCCAAAAGAUGCCAUUGGGUUGUUUACAAAAAGUAUCUAUUUGGUUAAAGAUAAUAAAGUGAUAGAAGCUAGAGAAUUACUUGUUCAAGUUUGUGUGUCCAGACCAGGGUUAAUACAUGCUUGGGUAUAUUUGACAAGGCUUUGUGUUGACUUACAAUUAUUUGAAGAAGGUCUUCAAGCAUAUAGUUCUGCAGAGAAACUUAUGAAAUCUGUGAAUAAUGAAAGACUGAAACAGAUUCUUGAUGUCCUUCAUAUGAAACUUCUUUCAUAUUCUACAAGUAAAGAAGAUUGGUUGAAGGUUAUAGAAAUUUAUGAUGAUAUAGGGGAUCAUGCAAUGAAAGAAAGCAGUAUGAAAUAUGUGAUUUUAGCAAAAAUUCAUUUGGGAAAACUUGAUGAGGCAAAGCUUUUGAUAUCUGAAUUGAAAAAGGUAGAUCAUGAAUUGUCCAUUCUCUUACUAGCUAAACUGUUUCAAAAAGAAACAUGUUUCCAAGAUGCAUUGAACCUUCUUGAAGAAAAUAGAUCAGAAUCAUGGGAAAGUUGGUUACUAAUAGGUCAACUUUACUGGAACUUAGAAUACUACUCAAAAUGUCUUGCCCCCUUUUUGAAAGCCACAAAACUGAACCCAAACCAGUAUAUCUGUUUUCUUCAUCUUGGUUCCUAUUAUGAAAAAGUAGAUGACUUGGACAAGGCAAGAAGAUGCUAUGAAAAAGCAUUCAAAAUCAAUUCUAAAUCUGCUGAAGUGGGAAUAGAAUUGAGCAAAGUAUACUGCAAACAAAAAAACUAUAUGGCUUGCCAAAAUUUACUGAAAAGCCUGGCAACUGAUUUAAUAAACAAGAAAAAUUCUUGGGCUUGGCUACAGUUGGGACUGAGCUAUUUGGAACAGGAAGAAUAUUCACAAGCCAUAGAGAACUUGAGAUGUGUAGUGAGAAUUGAAAAAGAAAAUACACAUUGUUGGCAGUCAUUAGCUGAUGCCUACUUUGCUAGGGGAUCCUUUACUUCAGCCCUCAAAUGCUAUGAGAAGUCCUUGGAACUAGCAACAAACAGUCUGUAUUCUUCAUUACAAAUUGCCAACAUAAAAAAGACACUAGGGUAUCAUUCUGAAGCAAAAACUGAGUUCCAAGAAAUUCUUUUGAAAAACAAACAGUAUGUACCAGCAUUAAAAGGCUUGGCUGAGACUUUCAUAUACCUAGCACAGGAAUGUUAUAGGAAUCAAAGAUUGGGUACUGCCAGAGACCAUGUACAGAGUGCUCUAGAUAACUUGUCUCAAGCUGUACAACAAAGGAGCAGCUUUUCUUGUCUUUGGAAGCUUAUUGCAGAUGUAUGUUUAUUUGUAGCCAAAUUGCCAGAAAAAUACUGCUGUCUUUUUGUCUCCCCACCUUUGGUUGAGAGUAAAAGCCUGUUUGAGAAAGAAGAACUGUUCAACUUAUCCACCAGUUGUUAUUGUAAAGCAAUUGGGUACCUAGACAACAAUAUUUUACUGUGGCAUGACCUAGCCAAUUGUUAUUUGGCUCAUGCUUUAACCACAGAAAAUGACGAGAAAAGGGAGCUUUUGCUGUCUUAUUGUGUUGCUGCUGCUGAGCACUGCACAGCAGACAACCCUAGCAACUGGCAACAUUGGAACUUGCUUGGCAACAUUGCUUUGCAAAGGCGCCCACCAAAUUAUGCCUUGGCUCAGCACUACUUUAUCAAAGCAGUCAUGGUGGAUCAUAACAGUGCUAUUGCAUGGGCAAAUUUAGGGACUAUUUAUCUUAUUUUGGGGGAGCUGAAGCUUGCCAAUAAGGCAUUUGCUCAAGGACAGAGAGCAGACCCCAAUUAUGUUAAUAGUUGGAUAGGUCAAGCAAUGAUUGCCGAAUCCAUGGACAGAGACGAGGCGAUGGACCUGUUCAGACACAGCGUCCAAUUGGGCCAGAACCAGCAAGGCAGCAUCGGCUACGCCCAUUGGGUGUGCAGGACCAUACUCAGCGUGUCCCCUAAUACCCAUUUGUACUCCAUAGACGAUAUGCACGCUGUUCCCGUGGCCUGCGAUGCCCUCACGUGGUACACGAGGAGAAAUACCGAAGAUGGCUGUGCGUGGAAUAUGCUCGGGAUGCUCAGGGAAAGGAUGGGCCUCAGAGAAGGAACUUUGCAAGCCUACAAAAGCGCCUACCACUUCUCACCCAAACACCGCGAUUCAGCCCGCAUCAACUACGGCCGCACGCUGGCCAAACUAGGCGACCUUCCGGCAGCCAUCGACGUCUUCCAAGACGUCCAAGAAGCCACCUUCAGCAGCGGCAGCGGCCUCGCUCUAGCUCUCUUCCAAAACAAGCAGUACGAGGACUCGUACAACGCAUACGAACAAGCGCUCCAUUGGCUGGCCGAGGACCAGACGCACCAAUCGGAGCUGCUGGUCGCUCUGGCAUCCAUGGCGUACAUGUUUCAAGGCCAAGAGGCCGCCAAGGCGCUGUUGUAUCAGAGCAUCGGCCUCAAACCGCGGUCUCCUUGGAGCCUUUACGCCACCAUGGCCUUGGGGCUGUUGCACGAAGACAUGGAACUGGCUCAGCUGGUUCUGAAGGAAAUGGAUACUCUGAAAGAUGACAAGGAGUGUCAGGCGCCUUACGCCGAGCUUUUGUCUUCCAUGUACUUACUGACCGGAGACAAAGUCGGAGCUAUUAAAGAAGUGUCGAAGCUUAUACACAGGCACCCUGACAAUAGCUCGAUUUGGAUGAAUCUGGCUUUGCUACUGUUGCGACUGGAGAAGCCGGGGUUGAGUGCUGCUAAGUGUGCUCAAGUUGCUUUGAAUAACAUACAGGCGAAUAUGGAUGUUACGAAGAUGUUAGGUUAUGUUUCGUUGGCGUUUAUGCUCGUGGGUGACCAAAAACAGGCGCUUGUAGCGGCGCAGAAGGCUGUGCAUUCUUAUCCGCAUGUUGCUGACACAUGGACGAUUUUGGUCUCGGUUCUAGUGAGAGAAAAAUGUUCAAAGAUUGAUAUUUCAGACUUGAUUUCGCAUAUAGAAACUAUUGGAGCCUCUGAACAAAUGCUUGCAUGGACUAGAAGUCUUGUGACGGCAAAAAGCUGUGAUUUUAUAUGAUAAUUUUUAAAUUAAAAAACUUGGUAGGUUUUACCUAUGUGAAAUAUACAUAUUGCAAUUUUUUUUUAGAUAGAAGUCUUUAUUGAACCACAGAAAAUUACAUUUUCAUAGAGGUUCUUACUCUAAAAGUUCGACAAUGAGGAAGUAUUUCCAAGAACUUAUAAUAUAAAAGUUUGAAAAAAUCCAACUCCUACCUCCUUUCCCUAUCCUCCCUAGAUACGCACGAUGUUCUUCAAACAUUAUAGGGGUUCCCUUUCGUGCGCACCAAGCGAUAAAAAAAAUUGAAGAGGCGAUUUUCAUACCAUGAAUCUUGAAUAAUUGAUUCUAAUUGCCUGGAUACAAUGAAAUCAAUUCGGACUCUCCUUUGUUCAUAGGUUAUGAAAAGAAAGAGGAAAUAAUACUAAAUAUAUCAACUGUCCUUUAUUAAAUCAAAAACUCACCUAUUUCUACGUCCAUCUACAAGAAUCAAAGUACACAGAUUUGAAUGAAUAGCUAGUUAAUAUUGUUUUCUGAAAUUUAUUUACAUAACUAUCACCUACCUACACAAUAUGCAUAAAACAUUGUAAAUUGUCACAAACUCAUCCUAUCAAGUAGCAAACAUUAAUCACUGACAAAAUAUUUUUCUCAAUCUCAAAAUUCACAGUCCUCUGAGUAAAUCCAGUCUCAUAAUGCAGAUUUUAGGAUGAAAAGUUGAAUAUUAUAAAUGUAUACAAAUAGUGUUAACUAAUAUAAGAUGUUUUAGUUAUUAUACAUUUUAUACUGUCUCAUAGUCACUUCUUAUGAAUUUUGUAAGACAACAGGAGAAGAUGAUACCCAAUAA